ACUUUGAAAAAGGGAAAGAAAAAAAGUCGAGUGAUAUAUCAUGUGAAUAGACGAUCUUUGGCUUGAAGGUAGUUGCCAAAGUUGUGAGCGAGGAGCCGGAGUGAGGAGCGCGGGCACGAGCACGAGCAGCGCCGCUGUUGGAUUAUCACACCGGCCGGAGGAGAGCAGGGGCGACGGGAGCACCGGAGCGCCGCAGCACCGUCUGACCGAGCUGACAGGUGGACAACUAGUCGGUCGACGGGCAAAGUGUACGUGGGUAUUUUUUUAUUUAACCCACCAUCGUCCACGGGAGCGCGUUUCCUCCCUCCCCGCCCCCCCCCCCCCCAGCGGAGCGUCUCCGUCCCGCGGGGAAGGUCUGCUCAUGAAGCCAAUGCUAAUUAACCUCUUCCUCUUGCGGUGAGCUGCCUGCUGGUCCAGUCGGAGGCGUCAUGGCCGAGCUGCCCAUUGCCCCGGGGCAGGUCUACAUCGAGGUGGAGUACGACUACGAGUACAAGUCCAAGGACCGCCUCAUCACCAUCCGGCAGGGGGAAAGCUACAUGCUGGUGAAGAAAAGCAACGAGGACUGGUGGCAGGUGAGGAAAGAGGAGGGGAGUAAAGCUUUUUACGUGCCCGCCCAGUACGUCCGAGAGGUCCGCAAAGCCCUCAUGCCGCCUCUGAAGCCCAUCCCCCAUCCUCCUGCUGCCGCCGGCAACGCACCACCCCAGAGUGGGGGUGCGCUCUGGGUAAAGCCAACCAGUCUGGAUCUGGGACUCCCGGACCGGCCUGCCGAGAACCUUCACAGACAUGACUCAAACUACCGGCGCUCGCCCUCCGCACAAACUGCCACCUCGGGGCACUUCAGCCCCCCCCGCCUGCGCAGGGACAGUACCCACCGCCACGCCCCCGCCAGCCCCACAGACCACGACCGAGCUCUGCACGACAUCCUCGUGCAGGGCGGCGUUCCCCAGCCCGCCCACAGAGGAGGCUCUCUGCCCCGCUCCCGAGCUCGAUCCCCGGAGAUGGCCAGGGCCCCGCUGGACGUGGACGGCACUCAACACUUUGACUCUGCAGAGGAGGAGCGGCCCGCCAACGACUCUGAGUCUGGAGACGAGCUGAGCAGCUCUUCCACGGAACAUCUCCAGAUGGUGUCGUCGGGCCGCGGCCGCUCCGAGUCGCCCGUCUACACCAACCUCCAGGAGCUGAAGAUCACCCAGGGCAGCCUGCCCCCUCUGCCGGCGGGCUCGCCACUGCACGCGCUCGGCGACUGGGAGACCCACCGGGACCAGAGCGGCCGGCACUUCUACUACAACCGCUGCACCCAGGAGAGGACCUGGAAACCCCCGCGGGCCAGGGACAGCACCGGGAACUCCAGGGGGGAUCACCACAGCGCGGGAGAUAGCUCCGAGACCACUCCUCUGUCGCUCUCGCCGUCUUUCCUCCCCUUCCUCUCGCUCUCCAUCGGCCGCCUCCAGCCCCUGUCGUCGUCGGAGGACACCUGCUUCAGCGCCUACUCCAGCCGGUCGGACAGCCGGUGCGGCUCGCCGCCGCCGCCGCCGAGCGGCUGGUCGGAGGAGACGGACGAGUACGGCCACACGCUGUACGUCAGCGACCGUACGCACGAGAAGUGGUUAAAACACGUCGACGACCAGGGCAGACCUUAUUACUACAGCGCGGACGGCUCCCGGUCAGAAUGGGAGCUGCCGAAGUACAACCUCUCCCCUCCCCAGCUGCCGGGAGAGGCCACGAAGAGCCGCAGUCUGGACAGGAAGCACAUGGAGCCCAUCGUCCUGACCAAAUGGAGACACAGCGCUUACGUCCAGGAGCCCAACGACAAGCGGCUGUUAAAAACCAGACGUUUCCGCGCAGGCUCCGCCCGCCCGCACCCGUACAAGCACAAAGACGCUCCUCUGGGCCCCGUGCCCCCCUCCCCCGACUCCGACUCCUGCCCUUCGUCUCCCAAGCCCCCCGCCUCUCCGUCAGAGAAGUGUGGAGUUCUGAAUGUGACAAAGAUCACGGAGCACGGCAAGAGAGUCCGGAAGAACUGGACCUCGUCCUGGACGGUCCUGCACGGGUCCACGCUGCUGUUCGCCAAAGGACAAGGAGGCGGAACCAGCUGGUUCGGAGGCAGCCAGUCCAAACCCGAGUUCGACGUGGACCUGCGGGGCGGCUCGGUGGAAUGGGCGUCCAAGGACAAGUCCAGCAAGAAGAACGUGAUAGAGCUGAAGACCCGACAUGGCACUGAGCUGCUGAUCCAGUCGGAAAAUGAAGCCGUCGCCAGCGACUGGUACCGAGCUCUGCAGGACACCAUCAGCACCCACGCCUGGGAGUCUGACGAGGCCAUCGAAGAGGACCUGCCUGAUUCUCCUGGUUUUGAGAAACACGACAAGGAGAAGGAACAGCGAGACUCGAAGAAAGGCAGAGCGGCCAUGAAGAGCUCGAGCAGCGUGGACGCCUCCGACAACAAGAAGACCAGACACAAGCUGAAGAAGUUCCUCACGCGCCGCCCGACGCUGCAGGCCGUCAGGGACAAGGGCUACAUCGAAGAUCAGGUGUUUGGCUGCAGUCUGUCCAGUCUGUGCCACAGGGAGGGCAGCAGCGUGCCGGGCUUCGUGACGACGUGCAUCGACCACGUGGAGAACAGCGGUCUGUGCGUCGACGGACUGUACCGGGUCAGCGGGAACCUGGCCGUCAUACAGAAACUCCGCUUCGCCAUCAACCACGAUGAGAAAGUGAACCUGUCCGACGGGAAGUGGGAGGACAUCCACGUGACCACCGGGGCUCUGAAGAUGUACUUCAGGGAGCUGCCCGAGCCGCUCUUCACCUACACGCUCUUCCACGACUUUGUCGGCGCCAUCAAGAUAUCAGACUACAAGCAGAAGGUUCAGUCCAUCAAGGAGCUGGUCCGGCAGCUGCCCAGGCCCAACCAUGACACCAUGCAGGUCCUCUUCAAACACCUCAGGAAGGUGAUCGACCACGGUGAAGAGAACCGCAUGACCACGCAGAGCGUGGCCAUCGUGUUCGGCCCCACGCUGCUGCGGCCUGAAACGGAGACAUGGAACAUGGCGGUCCACAUGGUCUACCAGAACCAGAUCGUGGAGCUCAUACUGCUGGAGUACGAGAACUUUUUUGGCAGGUAGACGGAAGACAGACUCCCCCCCCCCCCCCCCCCC